GCCCUGGAGAACAUCAAGCUUCGGCAGCUCCACCUGCAGCAGAACGAGCUGUAUGAGGAGGGCACCCGCCAGGUCAUCGAGGCCUUGGCUUUGCAGUCCAACGGGACGCUUGCGGCACUGAGUCUCGGGCACGACGGCAUUGGCGUCGCUAAUGUCAAGGCUUUGGCCGAGGCUUUGCGGACAAACAGCGCUUUGAUCGAGCUGAACCUGAGCCACGCCUGCCUAAGCAGCGAUGACAUCAUCGCUCUCGCGGAGGCAAUGAAGCAGAAUCGGACCCUCAAGCAGCUGAGCCUUGCUGGAAGCAAAAUCGGGGAGGAACGCGCUUUCGCCCUUCUCGAGGCUCUCCGAAUAAGUGGGGUGGAGCGGCGGCUCGAUCUGACGGGCUGCGAUUUGGGCAAGACCCACGUGGCACUGGCCAGGGCCUUCCGGACCGGCCAGGUGACCGUCACCCACCCGGCGCUGGAGUUCCUGUGCAUGCUGCAGGACGAAACACUCAAAGAGCUGGAGGAAGGGCAGGAGAUGGCGAUGAAUAUAAACGGACGCGGCCGCGGGCUCAGGUAUCCGGGAGGCAGCGGUGACGUCGAGGAGUUCCAAAAGCUCUUCGCGCCGCUCUGCCGGGCCCUGCCAGAGCUCCCCAAACUUCGAGUGCUCGUCCUCUUGCUCUACGGCCACGAGAGCGCUGACGGGGCCCGGGCCCUGGCCGCGGGCCUCGGCCAACAAACGGAGCUGGAGCGGCUGACGUUGAAUCUGCGUUGGAACUCCCUGGGCCGGGGGCCUCAGCUGCGCGCUCCUCGUUUCGCUUUUUUGACUUCCAGCUUGUUGGCGGCCGCCUCCUGCAAGCCGACCCCAUCCAUUGUGUCCAUCUCCGUUCUUAUAACGGGUAGUUAA